ACAAGUGAUAAUUAAUCGUUUGUUUUGGUUUUUAACUGUAUUUGUUUUUUAAAUGUACCUACCUCUCUCAAUAGUUUCGAAACGAUGUUCUCUCGUUAGGUAUUAAUUUGAAAUAAUAAAAGAAAAUGGAUUUACCAAGUACUGCACCGUUACCCGACCGUUGUGUCAAUUGUGCAGUAAGAUUUCAACGCAAUGUACGGAGACAAUUACUAUCCGAAGCAACAGCAGCUGUGCGCAAACUUAUAUCUGUGUGGAUUUCUCGUGAGCUAGACCCACUUGAUGCAGUUUGUGAUAAAUGCUUAACAAUAUUGCAAGACAGUAUUCAGACCACUAAUACAUUAAGGAGGUAUGGGUAUGGGAAUAUUUGCAUACCGUGUGGUUCUUUAGCUUUAAGAGCACACCAAACACAUGAUGUGCCUGUUGACGCCAGUGAAAGAAACAUUAUAUUGCAGUGGUUAUCACCAGAUGAGGUGGAACGUUUACAACAUGUCUGCAUGUCUUGCUGGAUGAGAGCUACCAGAGCUGUUCAAAGGAACAGACAACAUGAUGAUAAAAGAGAUUUUAAAAUACAGCCUAUAGAUGCUGGAGACAGUAGUAACUCCCCGCAACCGCCCCCUAAGCCUACAAGGGUUGAGCCAGCCAUUCACGGAGCACUGUCAACCAUUAAUAUGACAAAUUACAAGCGUGCUGCUUCUUCAAACAGUAAAUGUAUUUUUAGGUUAUGUAAAAAUGUACCUAAAGUAUUAGUACCUACUAUACUGAAGGAGAAAUUACUUACUGACCACUCAUUCUAUGUGCCACAGUGUGCUCGUAUCUGUAAAUACCACUUAAAAGAACCUCAUAACAAUUGGAGUAGUUUAUACAGCGCAAGUAACUGUUCUCUUUUUACUGCAUCUCAAAUGGACGACCUGUGUUCACUUCUUAAAAGUUAUGCAAAUAGACAAUAUAAUAUUGAAAGUAUUAUUGAGCAUAAUUCAACAUUAUGCAACUAUUUGUUGGGCAUCACCUAUUGUCAGUUUAUGGAAUUAUUAAUUAAGAUACCACAUAUAAAUGAAAGAGUUAAAUCUCCUAAAACAAGUCUAGCUAUCUAUUUAAUGAAACUACACACAGGAGACACUAAUGAACGCCUCGCUUCUAUUUUUAAUGUAGCUGCAUCAACUGUGGCCAGAACCUUUAAUAUUGUAAAGCAGUGUUUUAAGACCAAUUAAUUUGAUUGCACUUUGUGCUAAUAUAUCCCUAAAAACAAUUUAUGUAUUCAGUAAGUUGCUCAAUAUAAUUUCGCAAUACCAAAUGGCUUAUGUGGGAAUCAAAUCAUUGAUCCUGAGUUACUGCAAGAUAUAGUAAUAUAAAUUAAUAACUAAAUUUAUAACGACGAUACACGUAUCGCCAUUUAGCCCAAAGUGUAGCUUGUGUUAUGGGUACUAAAAAAAGCUGGUUACAGCACCCUUACAGGGUUCAAUUUCUUUUGUACAUUAUCUUUUGUAAAUAUGUCAAUCUAUAUCUAUAAAUAAUUAUGUCAAUCUAUAUUACAUUGUAAUGGAAUUGUAGUUGAAUAAAUAACAGAUUAAUAAUUUAUGAAUACACAAAUAUUUUGUUAUGCUCAUCACACAAAUAUUUUCUAGUUGUUGGAAUAUAAUUUUGAUCUCAGAAAGCAGGGUAAAACGGAAAAGUUUGUGAGCUAUUAAAAUUCGCGGAUGUGAAGUGAGAGGUGCGUAGGGCGUUAUUAGUUUUUGGACACAAUGCACUGUGUAGAGUGAUCUACAUUUGAAAAUAGAAACGUAUCAAAUGCGCAACCUACGAUGUCAAUAUAAAUAUUGCAAAUCGGCCCGGAAAAUUGAAGUCGUCAAACGAUCAGACGUUCAUUUUAUCGGGGAUUGAACAAGAAUAAACUCAAACCCGUUAUGAAUGGGAUAGCAGCGUUCAAAGAGCCAAAGCUAACUGCACGUUAACUGCAGCCGCAAAAUUAAAAAUUCCCGAGGUUUUUCCGUUUCGAUUGCAAACAUAGCCGCAAUUCACGUCACGAUCUCGGAUCCAGUGACUUUACAAACGAUCUGCGCUUACUGUAUUGGGCUUGUUUCGAAAUUUGGUGUGAGUGCAAACAAUUUCAAGGAUUUGCCGCACAUCGAUAUUUUUGCAUUGCAUCCCUAUUUUUUUAUAUAGUAAUAUAUAUAUAUUACAUUAAUAUAUAUAUCUGUUUUUUUGGUACAUAAGCAACAAUAUUGCUAGAAUAUAAUAAUAUUAAAAACUUGAUAAUUAUCAUAUUUAAAUAUGAUUUAUUGUAAAAGUAAAUUUAAAGUCAAUAUUAAUAUCCUGACAUCAGAUAUACGGACCAUUGUUGUUGGUCAACAUACAAUGAUGUCACUGUUCUUGAGGAUUUAAUAAUAGUGUCACUAUACUGCUGUUAAUACACAACUGUAAUUAUAAAGUUGUGUAAUUAUUUUUGUAAAAUAAUAUUUAGAGUAAGUGAAAUUAAUAUAAAAUCAUUGC